CCAAAAGAUUUCACUAUCAACAAAAGUGAAGAGAGAGAGAGAGACGUCGGAGUAAGAGAAAUCGAAAGUGUGAGCGUGAGUUGACCGCAGGAUCCCAGUGAGAGCUAAACCAAAAAUGAUGAUGAGCUGCUGCAAAUGCCAUAACAGCAAAAGCAGCAGCAUCAGUAACAACAGCAGAACCAACAACAACAGCUUACUUGUAACUAAAAGUGACAUGAGGCCUUAACAACAACAACAACAACAACAACAACAACAACAACAACAACAAAAAAUCGAAAACAGCAGCAACAGAAACAGCCACAGGACAGAAGUUAACGCCAAGCACUAAAAACCAAAUUACAAACAAUUAAAAGGCGAGCACAACGAAGGAUCCUCAAACAAACAAAAAAAAGAAGCAAGGCGCUCAAAAUAGUGACAGCGGUACACACAGUGACACGCCCACGCACACAUUCACACAAACACACACACAGAGACACAGUAGUGAACACAAUGGUAAUAGCAAAGUUAAGCUAAAAACAACGGCCCAGGACAGCAGCAGGCGAUUUUCAACUGCAGCCGAGCCUUCAUCAUCAUCAGAAGCAGCAGCAGCAGCUGUAGAGACCGCAGCGUCUUUUUGCCUCCAGCUGCGUACAUCAGAAGCAGAAGCACAAGCAGUAGGAGUAGGAGCGGGAGCAGCGGCAGCGGCAGCAACUGGAAAGUGACUGGCAAAAAAACAAUAGCAACAACAAAGCGGCGAUAAAAACCAAAGUGCGCAUUGUUUUUGUCAUUGUAUCACACACACACACACACAGGCACACACACCACACUUACACACUCAUACUCACACUCCCACUCAGACUCAGACUCAGACUCACACUUAACGGUUGGUGUCAGCAGCGCUCUUGUUGUUGUCAUCAGUCGCCUCUGGGCACUCAAUUAGGCCCAACAACAAUAACAAGCGCCAAGGCAAACACAGUUGAAAGCGAGCGCAGCCACGCCCACGGACCACAGUUCGCCGCCCGCCCUUACGCGUGUCUGUAAGGUAGGCACACACACGCGUGCAAGCGAGCUGUGCGUGUGUGAGUGUCUGCGAGUGUGAGUGUGUGUGUGUGCGUGUGCGUGAGCGUUGCAAGCUUGGUCGUGGCGGGGGUGGUGGGGCGCUCGCUUGUGCAUUGAGUUAAUGUGACAAUGAAACUGAGCGUCAGCGCGUAUCGGGCGCAUGCAUCCGCACACAAGAAGAUCCUCUCCAGCGGCUAUCAUUCCCAGCUCAAUUACGGCAGCACUGGCGCCGCCGCAGCAUCCUCCUCCUCAUCCGCGGCAGCAGCAGCGGCUACUGCAUCGGGCCUAUAUACGAUGGAAACGCAUGAGCAUGGCGGCAAGUUUCCAAAGGAUAUGGCGCGUGCUAUGGAGUGCAACAGCGAUACGGAUGUUAUCAGCCCCACGGGCACCAGCAGUUCGGGCGGCGGUGGCGGCGGCGGAGGAGGACCAGACAACAGCGGUGGCCAUCAUAAGCGGCAUCACAAAGGCAGCAGCUCCUCCUCGGCAGCAGCGGCCGCAGCAGCGGCAGCCGCUAUGGCUCACGAUGAUGCGCACUCAUCGGACAGCAAGAGUCCCAGUCAGCGGAAAUCGCGUAUCGGAGAUGGAGCUUCGGAUCCAGAUUCCGAUUGGACGCGCUCGAAUCAGCGCUGGAUGAAGCUACGCACAACCGUGCAAAUAUCAUCGGCCAUACAGAAGAAACCACCGCUCAAACGCGAAGAUUCAUUCCUGAAGCGUUUCUCAACAAGACAAAUACCCGAAACACAGGAAACUGUUGAGGAUACGGGUUCAGAAAGUGCCUCUGGUGACGUCGAUAAAACUGUUAAGCGCCGUCGUCGCUAUCUGCAGAAACGACGCUCCGUUGUUAAUCCAGAUGAGAAUUUUUACUUCUAUUGGCUCAUGAUGUUAACUAUAUGUGUUCUAUAUAAUCUAUGGACCCUCAUUGUGCGGCAGAGCUUUCCCGAACUGCAGCAAGCUGUGCCUACCUUUUGGCUUAUCUGCGAUUCAAUGACAGAUGUUGUAUUUAUCUUAGAUAUAAUAGUUCAAUUACGCACAGGCUAUCUGGAGCAGGGUCUAAUGGUAUACGAUGAUAAAAAACUCGCCUGCCACUAUGUGCACUCGCGUGAGUUCAUCUUUGAUAUGAUGGCGCUAAUACCAUUGGACCUGCUCCAACUGAAGAUGGGCACACAUCCGCUUUUGCGUUUUACGCGCUUUUUUAAAGUAUAUCGAUCUGUGAGAUUUUAUUACAUUGUAGAGAGUAGAACCGUUUGGCCAAAUUUAUGGCGCGUUGUUAAUCUUAUUCAUAUCCUCUUAAUAUUGGCCCAUUGGUUCGGUUGCUUCUAUUUUUUGCUCUCCGAGGCGGAGGGCUUUCAGGGCGAUUGGGUGUAUCCGUAUCGACCAGGUGACUAUGCGACGCUGACGCGCAAAUACUUGGGCAGCUUGUAUUGGUCGACGCUGACGCUGACGACAAUUGGAGAUCUGCCUACGCCGGAAACGAAUGCCGAACCGAACUUUUCGGUGGACGGCCCCAGAUCCAUUCCAAGACGCGGCAUUAAGUCUCGCCUGCUGCAGUUUGGCUCUAGUUAUGGGUAUAUUUUUACAAUCGUUAGCUAUCUGAUUGGUGUUUUUAUCUUUGCGACUAUUGUGGGCCAAGUGGGCAAUGUGAUAACAAAUCGUAAUGCAAAUCGACUCGAGUUCGAGCGUCUACUCGAUGGUGCCAAGACAUACAUGAGACAUCACAAGGUGCCUGGUGGGAUGAAGCGUCGCGUGCUGCGGUGGUACGACUACAGUUGGUCACGUGGUCGGAUACAGGGUGGCGGUGAUAUAAACACCGCGCUGGGUCUGCUGCCCGACAAACUGAAAACCGAAUUGGCCUUACACGUGAAUCUGAGCGUGCUGAAGAAGGUGACCAUAUUCCAAGAGUGCCAGCCCGAGUUUCUGCACGAUCUCGUGCUCAAAAUGAAGGCGUACAUCUUUACGCCGGGCGAUUCGAUAUGCCGCAAGGGUGAAGUUGCUCGCGAAAUGUUCAUCAUAGCCGAUGGCAUACUCGAGGUGCUCAGCGAGACGGGCAAGGUGCUGACCACAAUGAAGGCUGGCGAUUUUUUCGGAGAAAUCGGCAUACUCAAUCUGGAUGGACUAAACAAACGCACUGCGGAUGUGCGCUCGGUGGGCUACUCGGAGCUGUUCUCGUUGUCGCGCGAGGAUGUGCUGGCUGCAAUGAAGGACUAUCCCGAUGCGCAGGAGAUUCUGCAGACGCUGGGACGCAAGCGACUCAUGGAGGUGCGUUGCGUGAACAAAAAGUAUGCAAAGGCGCAGAGCGACAAGGAGGCGGCGGCGUAUGCAGCAGCUCAUCCACAUCAUUCGCAUGCGCAUGCGCAUGGGCAUGGACACCAUCAUCAGGUGCAUCAGAGCGACAGCAGCGAGAACAGUGCCUCCAAGAAGAUUGUGGAUAAGCUGAAGCAUGACGUCAAAGGCUUUCGCAAUGUGCUGAAGAAGUCCAGAACUUCACGCAAGAGCGACGAAUCGCUGGAGAUGCAGCCACUGCAUAUUACCUCACCACGUGGCAGCAAGAUUAUGCUGAAGCGCAUGUCGCGCGUACGCUCCGACGACAAGGAUGCGGACAGCGCCGAGGCCAAGGAUGAGCUGCACGACAAGACGCCCAGUCCCAUUGGUGCGGGUCUGCCGCUGCUACAGCGUCUGCGCCUGCUCAAGGAGAAGCAGGAUCGCGAAGAGCGAGCUGUUAAGUCCACACCACCACAGAAAUCUCCACCUCACUCACAUGUAACGUGUACGUUAUCGCCGCAGGAAUCGAUACAGGAGGAGCCCGAACGCGAGUUCAACGAAGGCUUUCCCCUGAUCCAGCGACUCCAGCAGCUGAAAAUUAAAAACGAGCCGCAGUCGUAUGCGACGACCGGCGAAACCGGCGGCCUCGUCAUGGCGAAUGCACCGGCUAACAUAAGCAGCAAGGUGGAUACCCAUGCGCACUUUGGAACUAGUGCGGUGACUAGUGCGGCAGUGACUAGUGCUGGCGUUAGUUCCGCAGCUGGUGCCGCUGCUCAGUCGCUGGCCGUGGCCCAGAUCAAGCCCAUUAUGAAGGUUUCCUUCAAGCAGAAGAUUCAGCAGCUUCAAGCUGGCGGUGGAGGUGGAGCAGCCGCUGCUCCGAAAGAGAGCGCUGCUUCCACGGGCGCCAUUGCCAAGAAGGAGCCACCCAAGUCCUUGGCUGUGGUGGCCAAACAUGCGGCAAGCAGCACGUUGCACGUUGAUCCCACAGCUGGUUCAGUUGGUGGGCUGGUGGGCGUUGCUAGUGGUGGUGGUGGUGGCGGUGGUGCCUUGACAGCCAGCAGUAGUCUGCCCAUUGCCACCAUAUCGAAGAAGGUAACAAAGCCAUAUUCGAAGCUGAGCACGCCGCUGCAGUCGGAUACGGAUACGGAUGGCACGCCCAUUAAGCCCUGGUCCAAGCUCAAGCUGGCCACGCUCAUGUCCUCCAGCUACACCAGCCUGACCAACUGCUCGCCCGACGAUCUGGCAACGCCGCUCAAAAACUACUCGCUCAGCAAUAUACCGCAGCAAAUGGAAACGGGCGGCGACACCAGCCGCGCCAGACACCACAGCGCGCGCAGCUCGCACUCGCCGCGUCACACCCAUGGGCACGCCCACGCGCAUGCCUCCGGCUCGAGCACCUGCUCCUCCAGCGCGCAAAGCACGCUGAGCACCACGCGCGAGUGCCUGCGACUGCAGAAGCCGCCGCAAGAGCCGCUGGCUGCCGCCGAGGCGGAAACGAAGGAGGGCGCCCGCGGCCGGAAGUUCUAUCAGAGCGUAUUCGAUCUGUCGCCGGAGUACUGCGGCCUGCCGUUCGUAAAGCGUCUGAAGAUUCUCAACGAGCGCCAGAAGCUGGCCGAGCUGGAGAAGGCGCUGCAGACGCGCAGCUUCAGCCUCGACUGCUCCAGCACCAAGUCGAGCAACAACAUCGAAGUGCCCAUUACGGAGUCCUUGUAUCGCUGCUAUAGCGACACCUCUGGCAUUUACUCGCAGUUCAUGAGCACCUACGAGUCCACUACGAGUUCUGCCUCCGUUUCAACCAACACAUCCGCCUCGGCUUCGGCAUCGGCCUCCGCAUCGGACAGCAAUUCGAAGCUGCCUCCGCAGCAGCUACAGCUGCUGGAAUACAUGCCGCUGAGUCCGGAAUCGAAUGAAACAGUGGAGCGACGCAAGCUGAAGAGCAUACUGAAGAAGAUGCAGAAAGGAGAGGGCAGUGCGACUGAUGGAAACGGAAAUGGAGCUUCGGGUGGAGGAGGAGGAGAUGGUGAUGCCCAAGAGGAGGCGAACACCAAGGCAAAAAGCAGGGGGCGGGGGCUGUUGACGGAGCCAACCUUGGAAGGGUACGUGGCUAGGCACAGUAAGCUCUUGAAGAGUGUAACCUUCCAUUCAACUCUUUCUAGCCCGCCCGCCAGUGCCAAAGAGGAAGGUCAGUUCGCUGCCUUCAGCGCAAACGUGAACGCGAUCGCGAGCGCGACCUCGAAUCUCAGUAGUAGUACCCAGAGCCUUAGUUUAGCCAACGUAACGCACGGUAACGGUAAUGGUAAUGGUAACGGUAGCGUCGCUAAUCUCGGUAUCGGCAUCGGUAGUGUUAACGAUAAUCUGGCAACGCCAACGAAUUCGCUGCGACCACUGGCAGAGGCGUCCGUCUGGUCGCCGACGUUGGCAUUGGUAACGCCAACGAAUUCGCCGCAAGAUAGUUUCCCAUUCGAGCCACAAGAACUGAGCGGCGUCAUCGCUGGCGUUGGCAACGCCUCAACGUCGGCUUCGGCUUUGGCUUCGUCGUCAACUACAGCAACAGCUUCGUAUGUGGUCGAAUGCUCAUCGAUGUCCUCAUCGAAUAAGAUACUCUCACAGAAUAGCGAAUUUCAUGCACAAUCCACAACAUCCACAGAUUUGAAUUUGAAUUUGCAGCUCAGACAGAACACGACGAAUUCGUCAGCAUCUGGUGGCGGUCAAGUGCCAAAACUGGAAGGCUUUCCAGAGGCACAGGAUUACUUCAAUCAGAUACUCAGCGGCAUCAAUCAGGUGAUCAAGACGCACAUGAACGACAUGCACUCGAAGUUCGAGACACAGUUCUCCACCAUGGCGGGCGAGGUGCGACGUCGCGACGCCAUCAUUGCCCAGCUGCAGCUCAAGCUGCGCGCCAUCGAGCAGAAGCCGACGACGUCGUCAACGGCGCUGAUGCGACGCCAGAGGCGCGAGAAGCACUCACAGAUAUCCGUGGACGAUGACGAGCCAAACGAGCAGGACAACAGCAGCUCCGGCUCAUCAGCGGAGCUGCUCUUUAUGCGUGGCGACUCGCUGGAUACGGUGUUCACCUCCUCGCCGCCCAUACAGGGCAGACGCAGCAUAUCGCCAGGUCCGAGUCGGCAUCAUGCUGCCUCCGCGAAUGCGCUCAACUGUCCAAGCAGCUACUACAGUGGACCCGGCGCGCUUAGCACGCGUCAUGCCCAAAGUCAUCCGAGCUUCUACACGCCGCACGGCAAUGGACGCCAGUCCAGUCGUGGUGGCUAUCACGAUUGGGAGCAGCGCAGCAUGCAGGCGGGCAUUGGUGGCAGUGGCAGUGGCAGCGCCAUGAUGAUCAGCGAUGUAACUGGCAAUCUGACGCGACUGUCGGACAGCGUGAUACUCGAUAUAGGCGAGAGCUCUAGCUCCAGCAGCAGCUCGAGCAAAAUGAACAUUACGGGCAUCGAUGACGACGACGAGGACGAAGAGGCGGAGGAUGAGCUGAGCGGCGCUGCCUUGGUGGGCAACACGGCGGGCACCAGCAGCAGCAGCAACGACUGGGAGGUGCAGAUGCUCGCUGCCGAAAUGGAGCGGCAGGAGCGCAAGCGCGGACACUCGCUCUCCGACAAUCUGGGCGAACUGCGCCACUGCAGCAGCUUUCUGCGGCGGCGGCGCAAGUACAGCGACACCGAAACCGAAUACAGCGAGACGGACCAGGAUGAGCGGCUAGCGGCGGCAGCUGUCACUGGGGAGCAGCUUAGCAGCACAGUCAGCACCAGCGCAGCAGCGGCAACUACAACGAUAGUGGAUGAAGCGGCUGCUGCAAGUAGUGGCAGCAAUAGACCGCGCGCCUCCAGCUUGGAUCAGUUCAAUCUGCGCUAUGGCAUCGGGCGUGGCAUCUUUAAAGCAAUGAGCAUCGAUCGUGAUAAAGACAAGCUCUGAGAACUAUAAUUCGCUCGCCAGCCAAGCAACCAACAAGGACACACACACUAGGCUAAGCAUUUCAUACAUUAUACAGUAUUACAAACAGACAAAACACAGACGAUAUACAAGCUACACAUAUACUAGAGACUAUAUACAUAUAUAUAUGUACUCGAGAAACACAAUUAUGAUUAAGCUACAAAGGAUAUUCCAUAACAAUUAGUUUUACAAGAGUAUAGCAGAGCAGCAGCUAACCACUGUAAUUCUAAAGCUUACUUUGAGUUCUAUCGAUAAUCGUUAAUCGCUUUCCGACUUAUUUCCAAUGCAGUCGUAUGUGUGUGAGACUGAGUGAGUGUGUGCUAAAGACCCACAUUAUACCGUCCUAUAGAUAGCGUCCAGGCCAUUGGCGCACAUUUGUUUUAAAUAUAUAUGUGCAUGCGUGUGUGUGUGUUUGUAAAUUCUCAUUUGCCUUGUUUAUCGAUUACAGUGGUUACUGUUAGCUGAACCGAAAUUAAUGAGAACAACUAAAUGUAAAUACCUCUUAUCCUUAGAGACUCUUAAGUGUAUUGACAGACAAGCACAUAACAAGCUAAUAUAUAUAUACAUACAUAUACAUCUAUAUGUAUACAAAUAUUAGUGUAAUGAAAACCGAAAGCUUUAAUAACUUAUAUAGAGAACUAUUUAAGAGACGUUUUAAGUACUAAUCAAUUCAAGAAGCAAACAAAAGCAAAGGCAAAC